UUUGUUUAUUUCUUUCUUUGAAUCUUCAAUCGUCGAGCAUGGCUGUCGAUACUCAAUUUCAUGUUCUUGCUGUGGAUGAUAGCAUCGUUGAUAGAAAGCUCAUUGAAAGGCUCCUUACCACUUCCUCUUUCCAUGUAACUGCAGUGGAUUCAGGCACCAAAGCUUUAGAAUUAUUGGGUUUACAAGGAAAUGAAACAAGGGACUCUCAUCACCAUGACCAUCAUCAAGAUGCGGAGGUGAAUUUGAUAAUAACCGAUUAUUGUAUGCCUGGAAUGACCGGUUAUGAUCUCCUUCGGAAAAUCAAGGAAUCUGAAAGUCUUAAAGAUAUACCAGUUGUUAUCAUGUCCUCUGAAAAUAUUCCUGCUAGAAUAAACAGAUGCUUAGAGGAAGGAGCAGAAGAGUUUUUCCUAAAGCCAGUUAGGUUAUCAGAUGUUGAUAAGCUUAAACCACACUUGAUUAGGAGCAAAUCGAAGGUUCAAUAUUCACUGGACAACAAAAUAUCAAGCUAUGAGAUUCAUGAUGAAGUUUUCUAAUUAGAACAAUAUCAAAAUCCAUGAUCAUGUUCACAGUUCACUCUACAAAAAAUCUACAUGAUUUUUUAUUUUAUUGAUUGAAAUACAAGAUAUUCUAACUUUUACUACUACAUUACAAUAGGACCAUGUCCACUUUUAUAUUUGUAUUUAAGGUAUGGAAGUUUUAGUGAGUACUGAGUAGCCAAGGCAACAACUUGUAUGAAGUAGGAAUCAAGUAAUAAUUGAAUUGAAUUAUGAAUUCA